GUCCUUUCGCUCGUAUGUUCUUCUUGUUUUUGCCUUUACCUUUUUAAAAAAAAGCAGAACAUCAACCAGCAUAAUAUUAUAAGAAGAAAAAAAAAAAAGAGCUUCACUCUCCCAAUCUCCUUGCAUAUUCUCUUUAUUUUUCUUUUCCUGCUUUACUAUUUAUAUUAAUUUCUGUAGAUAAUACUAAAUUUUUUCUUCCAUUUCAUGCAAGCUGAUCCAGCAAUCUAUUUCCUUUGUUUUUCUUUUCACUUUUUCCAUGAUCUAGUGUAGAUUCAGAACAAUGACGAGGGUAAGUCGGAAUUUUAGCGAUACUGUGGAAAAGGAAGCGCUUCCAGCUGUAUCAGCUGAUGUAAUAUUUGCUUCGAGUCGUUUUCCCAAUUACAAAAUUGGGGCAUAUAAUCAUAUUGUGAAUGUCAAAGGAGAUCCUAAAGUUUUGUCAAUGAAGGAGAUUGUUGCACGUGAGACUGCAUUGUUGUUGGAGCAGCAGAAUCGCCUCUCUGUUCGUGACCUUGCUAAUAAAUUUGAGAAGGGGUUAGCUGCUGCUGCUAAGUUGUCUGAAGAGGCUAGACUCAGAGAGGCUGCAUCACUGGAGAAACAUGUCCUUUUGAAGAAGCUUAGAGAUGCGCUCGAAUCUUUAAAAGGACGCGUGGCUGGAAGAAACAAGGAUGAUGUAGAGGAAGCUAUUGCCAUGGUCGAAGCUCUGGCAGUUCAACUUACUCAAAGAGAAGGAGAGUUGAUUCAAGAAAAGACAGAAGUGAAGAAACUAGCAACUUUCCUGAAGCAGGCUUCGGAAGAUGCUAAAAAACUUGUCGAUGAGGAAAGAGCUUUUGCUCGUGCUGAAAUUGAGAAUGCUAGAGCAGCAGUUCAGAGAGUGGAAGAGGCCCUUCAGGAGAAAGAACAAAUGUCUCGAGCUUCAGGCAAACAGGACCUGGAAGAACUAAUGAAGGACGUUCAAGAGGCUAGACGGAUCAAAAUGCUGCACCGACCAAGCAAGGUAAUGGAUAUGGAACAUGAGCUUCGUGCAUUAAGGGUUCAACUUGCAGAGAAGUCUAAGCAUUCUCUACUGCUUCAGAAAGAGCUAGCAAGAAGCAAGAGAGUCGAGGAAAAUUUAUCUCACUUGUAUGAACUGGAUGGUGCUGAAGUUUUAGGUUCAUAUUUGCGGAUUAAACCUUGCUCUGAUAUUGCUCCAGAACUUUCCAAAUGUGCAAUUCAGUGGUAUCGUAUAUCAUCUGAAGGUGGCAAAAAGGAGCUUAUAUCAGGUGCCCGUAAAUCAGUUUAUGCUCCAGAGCCUUUUGAUGUUGGUCGAAUCCUGCAGGUUGAGAUUAUUUAUGAUGGUCAGCUAAUCAUGUUAACAACUACUGGUGCUAUUGAUCCAGCUGCUGGUUUGGGGAACUAUGUGGAGGCACUUGUGCGGAAACAUGAUGUUGAAUUCAAUGUAGUUGUUACCCAAAUGAAUGGUGUAGAUCAACCAUCAGAAUCUAUUCAUGUACUACAUGUGGGAAAGAUGAGGAUGAAGCUACGUGAAGGAAAGGCGACAAUUGCUAAAGAAUAUUAUUCCGGCUCAAUGCAGCUAUGUGGAGUUAGAGGGGGUGGAAAUGCUGCUGCACAGGCUUUGUUUUGGCAAGCAAAGAAAGAGUUUUCGGUCGUAUUAGCAUUUGAAUCAGAGAGAGACAGGAAUGCAGCCAUCAUGCUUGCCAGGAGAUUUGCUUUUGACUGCAAUAUCAUGCUUGCCGGCCCUGACGACAGAGCUUCUUUAGGAACCUAAACAGACUUGCUUAGGGUUCUGUUUUGCUAAUUCAUUGUAAUUAUGUUGAGUGAGUUUGUUUGUUCAUUAUGUAUCAUUAAGUUUGUAUGUAAUGGUAGGUCAUGACAUCAUUGUUUUAUUCUGUACUUGGUUUUCACCAUUCUUUUGUCCUCUUGUCUUUGCCAUUGUCUUGUCCCAACACUGAGGCAUUGCUUGGUGUUUGUUUUUGUUAUUGAUUUUUUCUUUUUUAAAUUAUUAUUGUACUAAUGUAACAUAUCCAUACCCACAUUUGGAAGAUUUCAUGUGGAGCCAUAUCUAUUUAUGGAACGGUUUAUGCAAAA